AAAGAUGCUUGGUUGGCCGGUACUGUUUUUGUGCUUCGUUGGGCUGCUGCUGGUUCUGCUCGAUUGGAAAUGGAAGGCGUACGAAAGGGUUCCGGGUCCGAAACGCUGGCCGUUCAUCGGGAAUGUCGUUACGUUUCUGGGUGCCAGUCCUGUCGAUAUAUUUGCACAGCUUAUCGCAUUCGGUAAGCGGUACGGGAAGGAGUACAAGCUGGACUUCUUUUACGAUUACAGUAUCAUUUAUUCAUCCCCCGAGGCCGCUGAGGCCAUCGCAACGUCACCCGCAUUCGCCGCUAAAUCCCAGGACUACGAUAAGGUUUCGGAAUGGAUCGGAAACGGGCUGCUGGUGUCGAAGGGGCAGAAAUGGUUCAUGAGACGGAAAGUCAUUACUCCCGGGUUUCACUUUAAAAUAUUGGACAACUUUGCUCCCACCUUCAACCGGCAGGCCGAGACGUUCUGCCAGAAGCUGGAGUCUGUGUCCGGCAGUACGGCGGAAGCAAUCGAUAUCUUUCCUCGGCUGAAACUGCUCACGCUCGGCGUGAUUUGUGAAACGGCCAUGGGCGUGGACAGUACGGAAGAUGCAUCGCAACAAGCGUAUUACACGCGCAUUGUGGAGGAGCUGAGCUCGAUUCUGUACUGGCGUAUGUUCAAUGUGUUCAUGAACGCCGACGUUCUGUUCCGGUUGACCGCCACCGGCCGUAGGUUCGAUGAGCUGGUCAAGCAAUCGUGGAAGUUUACGCUGAACAUGAUCGAGAAACGGCGUCAGAUUAACAAACGCACCCAACCGGCAGUGGCCAGCGAGAUAGACGAUGAGACAUUCGGGAAGCGAAAGCGAGCUCUAUUGGACACGCUGCUGGAUGCGCGCAUCGACGGAAAACCGCUCAAAGAUGAAGAAAUUCGUGAAGAGGUCGAUACGUUUACAUUUGCCGGCCACGACACGACGGCAUCGGCCAUGACGUUCCUGCUGUACAACGUGGCUAAGCAUCCAGACGUUCAGGACAAACUGUACGAAGAGAUCCUAAGUGAAGUUGGUCCAGACUUUACGGAGCUUUCUCUAAGGUGAGUUGUUGCUUUCAUUCUUUCUUGCAGCACCCUCAACAACCUUCAUUAUAUGGAUUUGGUCCUCAAGGAAUCACUUCGAUUGUUCCCACCGGUCCCAUUUAUAGCACGCAUUGCCACCGAGGACACGGACUUACUCGCGGACCGGAUAAACCGCGGAACCAGCGUGGUGGUGGACAUCUUCACGAUGCACCGCAGUGCACACUAUUUCCGCGAUCCGGAGCGCUUCGAUCCCGCCCGUUUCGAGACGGUGCGUGACUCGGAUGUCUUCAACCCGUACACCUACAUACCGUUCAGCGCGGGUAGUCGUAAUUGCAUAGGGCAGAAGUUCGCCCAGUAUGAGCUGAAGACUGCGCUCGUCAAGAUACUACAAAAGUUCAACGUACAGCUGCCCCGCGCUGACUAUGUGCCGACGCUGAAGGCCGAAAUUGUGCUGAAACCGGCGAAGGGACUGCCAUUGAAGUUUGUGAGCAGAAAAUCUAUCGAGAAUCUUAAAAUGGAACGCCCCGGUCAGAGCACGCCGGUUGGCGAACCAGCUGCUGCCGUUGUCGAGCAAAAUGCCGUUCCCUAUCCAUUCCUGCAGCAGCGUCCGGGUGCGCAACCGGAUCAGACACAAAUUUCCACUUCCCUUUCCGUGGUCAACAAAGCCUGCACCAUGGCGCCGUGGGAAAUCGUCCUGAGUGGCAUUCUGGUACUGGUGACCGUGGCCUUCUGGUGGACCGUGAAACAUUUUGGCAGUGCUAUCCGGCACGCGGGUAAGCUUGGGGGACCGGUAGCAUAUCCGUUGGUCGGAAAUGGAUUGCUGUUUAUCUACAAAACUCCCGCCGAAUUCCUGAAACUGCUGGGCACGUUGGUUGCCGAGUACGGACAGUGCUUUCGAGUGUGGCUCGGCACGCAACUGAUAGUCCUGAGUACCGAUCCCAAGGACAUUGAGGUUCUGCUCAGCAGCCCUAAGUACAUCGAUAAAUCGACCGAGUACGACUUUAUAAGACCCUGGCUGGGCGAAGGACUGCUGAUCAGUACCGGGCGCAAGUGGCAAACGCACCGCAAAGUAAUCACACCAUCGUUCCACUUCAAAAUCCUCGAACAGUUUGUGGAAAUCUUCGAUCAACAGGGCCACACCCUGGUCGAUAUACUGCGGUUGUUCGCGAAAUCGGGCGAAUCGUUCGACGUGUUUCCUUUGGUGACACUUUACGCCUUGGAUGUUAUUUGCGAAUCAGCGAUGGGUACGAAAGUAAACGCGCAAAUGAACUCAGAGUCCACCUAUGUUAGAGCAGUGAAAGAGAUCACCAAUCUAAUACAGUUUCGGUUCUACGAUUUCCUGCUCCGGUAUGAGUUCUUCUUCCGUCUGUCCGGUAACCGGCGAAGGCAGCUCAAGGCAUUGGCCAUUCUACAUGGUUACACUGACAGUGUGGUCAAAGCUAGGCGACAAGAAUUGAAGGAGCGUUUGGCGAGCGGCACGUCCGAAGCGCAGGACGAUGAUGUUGGUGCAAAGAAACGGAUGGCUUUCCUUGACCUACUGUUGCAGGCCACCGUCGACGGUAGGCCGUUGACGGAUUUGGAAAUUCGCGAAGAAGUGGACACGUUUAUGUUCGAAGGGCAUGAUACUACGACGACCGCUAUAAGCUUUUUGUUGUACAGUUUGGCCAACAACCCUACCGUCCAGCAGAAGGUGUACGACGAGGUGUUGAGUGUCGUAGGCGACGAUCGUUCGCGGCCCGUCACCAUGUCGAUGCUGAACGAUAUGCACUAUCUGGAUCUGGUGAUUAAGGAGACCCUUCGCCUGUACCCCUCGGUGCCAAUGUUCGGGCGGAAAAUGCUGGAAAACACCGAAAUCAGUAAACCACCCGUUGGGCUUAUCGUUGCAGAUGGAAAACUAUUCCCAGCCGGUGCGAAUGUGAUAAUUCUGCCGUUCUUCCUCGGGCGUAACGCAGAGUACUUUCCCGAUCCGGAGAAGUUUGAUCCGGAGCGGUUCAACGUGGAAACGUCGGCCGAGAAGACGAACCCUUACCAGUACAUUCCGUUUAGCGCGGGGCCGAGGAACUGUAUCGGGCAAAAAUUUGCCAUCGCAGAACUGAAGAGUGUUACCAGUAAGAUAUUGCGACACUACGAGGUUCUGCCCCCGGGUGAGCCACGUGAGAUAUCAUUUAUUGCUGAACUUAUUUUGCGCCCCGAACAUGGAAUACCAAUUCGCGUUAGGGCACGCGUUUAGGCGUCCGAUUGUUAACGGUUUCGGGUCCAAUUUUAUAAAACUUGCGGUGGUAGCAAGGCUUUUAAACUAUACAUGGUUAAGCGCCACAAGUUAGGUCGUGCCAUUAGGUUGGUAUGUUUGAUAGUGGCAAAUUUUAUUGUAAAGGGUAAACCUAAACGUAUAAUAUUACAAAUUGACGCAGCUAAGAGGUUUACGAUAAUUUUUCAGAAAGUACUACACUAAAAGGCGAAUAAUGAAUACUGCGAAUCGUCGGAACCAACGUCAGUUGUAAAUCUGUUA